UUUUUUUUUUUUUCUUUUUGGGUAUGGACUUGAUUUUAUUUAGGAGUUAUAAUGGAUGACAAGAACCCCAAGUCACGUUCUGGGAGAUUUCGGCAAUGGUUCAGAAGUAAGCACAGUCACAAGCACAAGCAGCCUGAUCCUCAUUACUUCCUGGAUGAACUUUUAGAUGGAGCUGAAGAUGAAGGUGAUGAUUUCAUGGAAGAUGUUUACGUUAGUCCUUUUGAGAUGGAUCCAUGCACAUCAACCAAUGAGUUAAGGAUUUUUGUGGGAACUUGGAAUGUUGCUGGAAGAUCUCCUGAAGGAAGUUUAGCUGUUGAUUUAGAUGAGUGGCUAAAACCCCAGGAUGUUGCUGCUGAUAUAUAUGUUCUCGGAUUUCAAGAGAUUGUACCAUUGAUAACUCGAACCGUAAUCGGAGCAGAAGAUCCGACUGAAGCAACAAACUGGAACCUGCUAAUAGGAAAAACACUAAACGAAAACUUUGGUUGCCCAUGGUUGACACCCAUGUUGAAUCCAAUCUCGAGUGACAACUACCAUUAUGUAAAAAUCCCUGGUUCUGAAAGAAGAGCAAGUUUUAGUGGCAUAACUAGUACUCAACGCCAUCAGCGACCAUACAUUAAUGGGGGCAGCAAGUACAAGCUAAUGGCAAGCAAGAAAAUGGUAGGAGUCUUUAUAAGUGUGUGGAUGAAGAAGGAAUUGCUCUACAAAUACUGCGUUUCAAAUGUGAAAGUCAGUUCAGUGGCUUGUGGAAUCAUGGGUUAUUUGGGAAACAAAGGUUCAGUUUCUGUUCGAAUGUCAAUCGAAGGGACCAGCUUUUGCUUCAUUGCUGCUCAUUUGGCUUCCGGUGAGAAGAAUGGUGACGGAGGUAGAAGGAAUCGUCAAGUUUCUGAGAUUUUUAAGCGAACUUGUUUUCCUCGAUCAGCCAAAGACGACGACAAUCCUCAUCCUCUCACCAUCUUAGGACACGAUCGAAUAUUCUGGUUCGGGGAUCUCAACUAUAGGUUAGACUUGGAAGACAAUUUAGCUAGGGAUCUGAUAAAGAAACAAGACUGGAAAGCACUGCAGGAAUUUGAUCAGCUUCGAAAGGAACAAGAAGAUGGAGUGUUCCAAGGUUGGAGAGAGGGGAAUAUCGAAUUCGCUCCAACAUAUAAGUAUUCUUCCUUGAAUUGCAACCGAUACUCGGGCGGUUUUCCCUACAGAUCAGGAGAGAAACAAAGGACACCAGCAUGGUGUGAUAGAAUUCUGUGGUAUGGGAAAGGAGUGAAACUUUUAUCCUACUUUCGCAGUGAAAGUAAGUUUUCUGAUCAUCGGCCUGUCUCUGCCCUAUUCUCGACACAGAUAGAAGUCAUGAAAUCCAUGAAUCCAAGAUUGGAAGUCAUGAAAUCCACCAAUGCAAGAUUUUUUGACCAGGACAACAUUAAUCCUAACAUUAUGCCUCCAGAACAGAUUGGGACGAGCAGUAAUGAUGAAGAGGGCAAACCUACAUUGCUAUCUUUGAUUAUAAAGGAUACUGAAGCAUCUUCACAACACAUGCAAAAACUGUAGAUAAACCUUACCAGAGCGGAUUCAACUGAUCUUCAGCUAAAUUAUUUCACUGCAGGUUGGCUUUGAGGAGGCACGAUGAGUUCAUAAUCUUCUUUUUCUCUUACUUUUCUUUGGACAGGAUUAUAUGACUUGGUUAUGAAUUAGAUCCACAGAUGAAAACGAGUGUUAAUAAUUCAAUAAAUGUAAUAUAAAAACUUAUCAUGAAUUGAACAUUGAGUAAGAACUGAGAUACAUCAAACCUCUUAUUGAGUAGGAUAAGAGAUUUUUGAAAGAGAAUAUUAAAGGUUUGAGCAUUUUAAUUCUUUUCAAAUUUUGUCAACAAGAAGCUGAAAUAGUUAUAUAUGAAAUUUUGGCAAGAAAAAAUGAGUUCAAAGAAUGGCAUUUUCUUUUGCACCUUGUGUGUUAAUGAAUCAGAGGUAUUAUGUCUUUAUCCGUUGACUUUAGGGCACUAAUCGUGGCCAUACCAUAUGAUCAAGUGCCAUUAAUGUAUAGUCUGAAAAGUUCUUGCGCAAGUUAUAUUCAAAGACAUCAAUACGACGGAUGCAAUGUUAGCAUGUAAAAGACUUACAACGGAUCAAUUUGCAUCAUUUCCCUGAAGAAUUCCACCCAAGGACAUAUACACCUCUUCUGCAACUUCUCACUGAGGGAAGCACAUAUCUUUUCCUGUUCAGAAGUCUGCUUGUUUCCAGUCAAGGAGAUAUAUUACAAGUACUAGUUUUCAUUCCCAAAAGAUGUUAGCUGGAGCAGCACCUCCAAGAAAAAAAAAGAAGCAUAAAGUUAUAGAUUUGUGUAACAAAUAUAAAAGCUUACCAUUAUAAAUGGAAGAUCAAAAUGUUUAACUAGAAGACACAUAGUCAUGAAGUAAGAUGAUUUAUUUUAAUUAAAAGUUAAGUAGAACAAAUCUAAUGCCCUUAAUAAGAUCAGUAUAGGUGGGGAAAAAAUGAAAAAGGGGAAACCCUUUAAGAAAGUCCAAAAAAUUGGGAAGGGGGAAAGAAGGAUGAAUUUAAAGGCCACUACCUGCUGCAUUGCCAACAGUAUUCUUGUUCUGAAAACCAGAAGCAAUUGUAUCUUGGAAUUUCCUGAGUAACAAGUAACAUCUCAUACAUAAGUCAUUUUAAAGGAGUAAGCAACAAGGGUGCAUACCAAAAUAUAUUAGAAUCCUACACUCAUGGCAAAUCACAUACCAUCAAAUAUUGGUGCAAAGAAUGAACAAUUUAAUAAUAACAAUCCUUUACAUCCCCCAACUA